AUGCCGGCGCCGGCGCCGGCGCCGCCUCCGUCGCCGCUGCUGCCGCCUGCGGGGGAGCCGUUCCGCGUGUUCGUGGGGUACGACCCGCGUGAGCACGAGGCGUACGAGGUGUGCCGCCGCAGCCUGCUCCGGCGCUCGUCGAUCCCGCUGGACGUGCGCCCGAUCCGGCAGGCGGAGCUCCGCGCCGCGGGGCUCUACACCCGGGCGCGCGGCCCCACGGAGAGCACCGAGUUCUCCUUCACGCGCUUCCUCACCCCGUACCUCGCGGGCUACCGCGGCUGGGCGCUCUUCGUCGACUGCGACUUCCUCUACCUCGCCGACCUCGCCGAACUCCUCGCCGCCGCCGUCCCGCCCGGCUCUGCCGACGCCGCCGACCGCAUCGCCGUCGCCUGCGUCAAGCACGAGUACCAGCCCGCCGAGGCCACCAAGAUGGACGGCGCCAUCCAGACGGUGUACCCGCGCAAGAACUGGUCCUCCAUGGUGCUCUACAACUGCGCCCACCCCAAGAACGUGGCCGCGCUCACCCCGGAGGCCGUCAGCACCCAGACCGGCGCCUUCCUCCACCGCUUCGCCUGGCUCGACGGCGACGAGAUCGGGGAGGUGCCAUUCGCCUGGAACUUCCUCGUCGGCCACAACCGGGUCAACCCCGCCGACCCGGCCACGCGCCCCAGGGCCAUCCACUACACCUCCGGCGGGCCGUGGUUCGAGCGCUACAGGGACUGCGAGUUCGCCGACCUCUGGCUCAAGGAGGCCGAGGAGCUCAGGGCCGAGAAGGACAAGCUCAAGCUCCUCAAGGACAGGGACGACGCCGACGUCAAGCAAGAGGAGGAGGCGGCGCAGGAGAAGGGGAAGUGA